GGACAGCCAAUGGGCUCGCGUCGAUUGCAGAUUGGCAGGCGCGCGGGCCAGUGGGGGCGAGCCCGUGCCCGGCGCGCGGUGGCAGCGAGCGAUGGAGGCCCCGGGCUGGGAGCGGGCGCUGCGGCUCGUGCUCUGCGCGCUGGGGCUGGCGCUCUCCGUGUACGCGCUGCACGUGGAGACCUCGCGGGAGCGGGACCCCGGCUACCGGGCCAUGUGCGACCUGAGCCCCUCCGUCAGCUGCUCCAAGGUCUUCACCUCCAGGUGGGGCCGUGGCUUUGGCUUGGUGGAAGAUCUCUUGGGGAAACACAGCGUCUUUAAUCAGCCCAACAGCUUAUUUGGCAUCGUCUUUUACAUCCUGCAGACACUGCUGGGCUUCUCUCCCAGCACCCUGGCGGCCGUCACCCUGCUGGGCACCUCCAUGGUCUCCAUCGCCGGCUCGCUCUACCUGGCCUACAUCCUCUUCUUCGUGCUCCACGACUUCUGCCUGGUGUGCGUCACCACCUACCUGCUCAACGGCGCCCUCCUUCUCCUCAACUACAAGCGGCUGGUCUGCCUGAGCGGGAGCGGGCAGCGCCGAGCCAAGCCCAAGGGGCAGUGAGCGUGGCUGGGGGAGCCCCGGCCCAGCCCCCUCCUGGAACUCCAGUGGUGAUAACGAACCCUGUUUGUAUAGCAGCCGGGGGCCCAUCUAGCCUGGUAUCCUGCCCCCUCCCUGCCAAACCAGAUCCGACCCUGGGUCCAUCACCCUUUACGCACAAACUGAGGCCAUUUCUGGCUUAACCAAAAUGCUGGUAUAAGGUGGGUUGAAAUGGUUACAUGGCACACGACUGUAUGAGACACACUCACAGGAGUUCAGGUUUCAUCACCUCCAAUAGGGGGCAGAGCUGCUCUCACGCCACCUCGAUUCUUUCCAGCAGGGACCAGUUGCGUGUGUGAGGGAGAGUGAGAGACAUAUGACCCUACUGACAUCAGUGGAGGCGGGGCUGGAUUCUGAUCUUGAUAAACCCAGUGUGAAUGGAGUAAACAAGAACACAGUCCAGCCCUACGUAUCCCCCGGCUUGUACAUCCCCUGCUGCAAGGACAGUAGUACUUUAGCUAACUGACCAGCAGGUGGCACUGUGCACCAUAUCAAUAGGCCCAUGCAGAGACCGGCUGGAGCUGUCUGUUUGCAGCUGAUUGUGUACAAAAGUGCAUUUUUGUGGCUGAAAUAAAGUCACUCUCAGCAACAGGCAGCCGGGUGCGUUUGGUGUCUCGUUAUUUAACCCUUUGGAAACUUGGGAGCCAGGCGAUGCAUAGAUAGUGGUCAGGCUCAGAUCCAUGGACUGAGUAAAUCUGGUGUCUUGCUCCCAUCUCUGCUCGACAAUGGAUGGUUCAUAGGAAGAUGCAACCCCUCUAUGAUGCCUUGCUGAGGCGAGCCAGGAGCUCCCAGGGGGCUUCUUUCACUGCAGACCGAUCGUAGCAUCCAUGUUCAGUGUGCGUUUCACCUAAAUGCCGUCUCUGAGCUCUGCUUUUCUGCAGCGGCGAGUUCCACAGGUCAGCUCUGCUUGCCGCAGAGAUGCAUAGAGUUCAGAUUUCCCUGUGUGUUAAUUUCACUGCCUGGGCAAUUGGGCCAGCGUGACCUUAAAUCUUCUGUUGCUGGCCGUAAUCCUAAAUUGCGUGUCAGUGGGAGGGACUCUGAAGGUCUAAUCUGCCCUUCCCUUGAGUCUUUCCACCUACCAUCUCAAAGCAAUUUGCAAAUUCAAGUUAGUUAAUCUUCAGUGCCCCCGGUGAGAUGCCAUUAUGGUUGUUUAACACAUCAGGAAACAGAUACAGAAAAGGGAAGGGAUGUGCCCAAGGUUGCACAGCAGGUCAGUGGAAGAGGUGGGUGCAACUUGCUGUUAAGCCCUUCGGCAGAGGCAACGUGUCAGGGGUGGGAUCAUGUGCCCCCCCCCAUUUCUUCCAGGAUUUAUAUUUUUUGCAGGGAGUGGGUUCAAGAUGUGUGUGCAGUAGUUUAUUUCCAAACUUUCAAACCUUAACAUAACCAACGGGUGUCUUUGACCCUUCACCUUAAUUGUUCUCCCAUGAUUUUCACUUUUUCAAAAGUCAGCGUGGCAUUUGCAAAUAUGUUCAUUAGGCCUUGGGAUUUUAUUUGGCUUUUUACUUAUUUUUCUGAAAAGCGGUUCAAGGACAGUCUAUGUUUAAACUAAGUUAAUUAAAUAGUGUACCUGUUAUUAGCUUUGUACAAUGGUGAAAAGACAACUAAGUUUGGACUUUUUCUACACUAAGAAGGCUAAAUUGCCCUGUGAUUAAUAAGCUCCAAUAUUAAUAUUAAAACUGUUUCACCAAUGUCUAAA